AUGAAGAAGAAAAGGGUUGAAGAAGAGCUGCGAAGGAAAAUAUCAAGAACAAAAGAUGUAAAUGAACAGCUAGAUCUUGUCAGUGAGUUAGGAGCUUUAUACAGGUCAAACGGCGAGCUCGAAUUGGCAAAAAAUUCCUACAAGCGAGCUGUGCAACUAGCCAUAUCUGUUGCAAAUCAUCUGGAUCUGUCCUUUGCACAUCGGGCCUUGGCAGAGAUAUGUGCUGAAGAAGGAGAACGUAAAGAAGCUCUGGAACAUGCUAAUCUUUUCCGACAAACAGCUCAGAUGAGCGGGAGCUAUUCACAAAUCCAAUUAUCCUUGCAUGUCUCUGGUUGGAUAUACGAAAAAUUGAACAUGCUACAGUCUCAUGACCCAAAAGAUCUGGAAGAGGCAUUGUCGUGGUGCAUCAAAAGCAUAGAUUAUAUCAAGAAGUUUGGGCAUAGGAUUGAUGCAGAUAGAAAAGCAGUGAGAAUUGCUGGAGAUUCUAGCAGGAGAAAAGCUGGUUUGGACAGGCUGGCUUCUGGAAUAUGCGCAAAUCUUCAACGUCGUAUCGAAGCGGAGAAGUACUGGAAUGCAGCAUAUUCGUUUGCAAAAAGGAGCCAUGACACUGAGCUCGAAUAUCAACUUCUUCUCGCUAGGAUUGAUUUUUCCUGGGAAUCGUCGGUGAAGAACGCUCAAAGGCUUGUUAAUUUUGCACCUUUGAAGAAGAAAGGAUACGCAAUGAUGGAAUUGGCACAGGUUUUAAUAUACACGGGCGACUUUUUGGGUGCGCAGAAUGCUUUGUUUGAGUGUCUUCUACAUCACAAAUCCUCUCUAAUGUGCGAUGAUGUAGAACUUCUAGAGGCACGAGUGGUUUUUUUGUAUAAAUACUUCCAUCGAUUGGAUCAAGCGAAAAAGUCAGAUUGCUCUCGUAGUGAACGAAGAAAGUUGUACGAACUUAUUGCGGAUUCCUUCUGUUCUUAUGGUGGCGACAGGAAGGAAAUACUCGAGCACGCUCUAAGGUACUACAAGUUGAUGUUUCAAAAUAGCGUUUCCGAUAAGGAGAAAUGUACUGCUUCAAUUUCUGUUGCGCAGACGUUAAUGGAUUUGUUAGCAUAUGAUGAUGCGUUGGAGUGGUUUGAAAAGGUUCUCGAGCUUGAAAAGAAAAUUGGUAGAUCCAAUACAAAGCUUUGCCAAACACAAGUGCUCAUUUUUGAAGCCAAAUGUCGCCGUAAAUAUGCAAAGAAAAUGUCUCUCCUGAAGGAUUUCGAUGAGUUGAACUCACAGAUCCCGGAUGAACACCGCUCAUUGAAGGCGUCUAUUUAUCGUGCGAUGGGACAGUUCUUCACUUCACAAGGUGACCGUGAAGAGGCAUUGGUUUAUCUGGGAAGAGCAAAAGAGCUCGAUAGUGAGUCGGACGCUAAUGUAAGUGAGGAAGAGGAUGAGGAGAAUGAAGAAACAAGUGACGACUUGGAUUCGAGACCCGAUAAAGCGAUCCUGAGGGAAUGCAUGGAGCUUGCACGUCUACGGAACAGUGAUCUUGAAAUUGAGAAUGACAGAGAUAAAGAGAAGAAUGCUCACGGAGAGACACGGCUCCAUAUUGCUGCCCGAAGUAGAGACACAGCUAUGGUUGAAAAAUUGAUAGCUGCUGGUUAUGAUGUAAAUCGACGUGACUACGGUGGAUGGACUCCAAUUAGCGAAGCAGUUUCUGCUGGAAUGCGGGAUAACGUCCGUGCUUUGUUAAAAGCUGGUGCUAAAGUCGAUCCAGUUAGCACUGAAGUACUUAACGACGAGGAGAACUCGACUGGAGGUGGCAUUACGCCGCUUAUGGAAGCAUGCGACAAGGGGUUAGUGGAGAUUGCUCGAGACCUACUGAAAUGUGGUGCAUCUGUGACAAAAAGAAACGCCGAUGGUUGGACAGCGGUUGAUUUUCUCAGAAACCUCAUAGUUUCUUGUGAUGAAGAGGACGAUGAAAAAUAUGUUAAAGAACUGACAGCACUUGCGGAAUUUAUGGAGGACAUGCAGCGAAAGCAGUCGUUUCCGGUUCGAGGUUGUGCACCUCAGCGACGAAAAUCGGCAGGGAUGAAGCCUCCAUUGAAGAUAUCUCGUCCAGUUCCAUCGGUCGAGGAGGAUAACGUGGAUCUGAGCUCAUACAAGCGUGUGAUAGGAAGACUUGGAGCUCAAUCAUCGAAGACAAGUAAGGUUGCUCCGCUACAAAACGAGGCGGCACUGUUUUAUGAGGAUGAUGUAUUGAUGCGGAAUAGUCCACCGCUUGAGGACGACAUAGUACUUCCAAGUGACUUUGAACGGAGCCCAGUUAAAAGCAGAACACAGCGGGGAGAUUCGUCCCGGCGUAGUUCGCGCUGUACCUCACCUAUUUCUGCGACCAUCAACUCGCCGAUCAAGUCUAGGUCAAGUAUUACUCGCUUCGCUCCAUUGCCCAUUGAUGACGAUUUCAUAGUUGACGAUGAAAAAGAACGAAGAAAGAGGAAAAACCGGGACUCCCCAAAAGAAAGAGUGGAUAAUGUUAAGAAACGAUCAAAAUUGAAGAGUAACGAAGCCUUGACCUCGACACAAACUACUUUUUGCACAGUUGAAAGGUCUCCUUCUCCAGACAUGGUGAACAGAAGAUCACAAAUCAGAUCUCAACGAGAGCCAAUUCGUAGUCGAGAAGCAAGUCCAGUUUCCUUAUCUCCGGACUCAAAUGUUCCUCGUCUCAACAGCAGCUCUUCCACCACUCAGGGUCUAAUUAUAGCUACUCUGAAAUUUGAAGAUGACAGUGGUAAUAUGCUCAGACCUGACAAAGUGGUGGCAUUUCAAAGAACAUCAACAAUGGCAGAUGCACAGGAACGGUUUCGCUCCGAACUUCCCGUUCCGCGUCAAACAGAACGGUUCGACUUACGCCUAGCUGAUGGAAGGGAGGCAGAUGCUGAAAUCCCUCUCAUUUCUCUUGGAGAACCCUUAGUUAUUGUUUGUCGCCUGCAUAAACCAACUGCUGAGACUCUGUACAAGAGUAGAGGAGGCGUAGCUCGAGAAGAUGUGGUCGAAUGUUUGACUAAUUUCGACGCUACGAGUGAACUUGACCUCUCCUCAUCUGCACCGGAUCGCAGUUUAGCGGAGCUGGUUCUAAAAGUAGCCGCUGACACCAAACGCGAAAUUGCUAGACUAUGUUUGGAUGGAUGUGAUAUCAGUGAUGGAGUGUUGUCAUCGCUUAUGGUCAUUUUGUCUCAUUUAACAAAAUUGAGCUGCAGGUAUACAGGACUGAUUGAUGAGCAAUUAUCUACGUUGUGUAAGAUGUCUUCACUCCUCUGUCUUUCUUCACUUGACCUCUCACACAAUGAGUUGACCUCCGGUUUCAUAUUGUCAGCGUUCCUGGCAAGAUGCAGUCAAAUUUCAGAGUUGCGUAUUUGUGAUUUAGAAUUAGAAACAGGACAGGAUGAACUCGCAGAAAGUAUUUCAAGAUUACAUGGUCUUCGAAUGUUGGAUGCAUCCUUUAAUGGUUGGCUCAAAGGAAACCAUGUAGAGAAUAUUCUGUCCGCGUGCGAAAACCUAACUGAGUUAUUAUUAGACGGCUGUGACUUGCGAGGACUCUCUUUCGAGCCUACUUGGCUGCCAAACCUUCGUAAAGUGUCUAUGGUCGGUUGUCAUUUGACGGAAUAUGGCUCUCUGGUUGAGUGGAUGAGUAUGGGAUGCGUGCAAACGUUGGACCUAUCCGGUACUGAUGCCACUCUGGAUCAUGUACGGACUUUAGUGGAAGCCAGAUUGAUGUGCCCACCUAUAGUUGUUCGGCUGAUACGAACUCGUACGGUUGAGCGCGACCCACAAGCAUUUGUCGAUAUGAUAUUAGCGUUUGUCGGUGACCGUACCUUCCCAAUACGUUUCCAAUUUUCCGCACAUUUCGUCAAAGCAGUGCGAUUAAUGACUGCUUUUGCAUCGAAUUUCCUAUGUUCUUGA